AUGAGCCAGGAACAGCCACGGAGGCCUCAGGAAGACAAACAGCAGGACAAGCCGGAGCCCAUCAAAUACGGCGACGUCUUUUCCGUCUCUGGGGACCUCGCAAAGAAGCCCAUUGCACCACAAGAUGCUAACAUGAUGCAGACCGCUGAGACCAUGGUGUUUGGGCAGACCCAGAAGGGCGAUCCGGCCGCUGUCAUGCAGUCGGCCGCCACCCGAAACGAAAGAUCCGGCCUUGUUCGCCAUGACCAGGCCACGGAUGUUGGUGGAAAUGAAGGUGUCACUGUCACAGAGACUGAUGUCCCUGGAAGCCGCAUCGUCACUGAAGCAGUUGGUGGACAGGUGAUUGGGCAGUAUGUGCAGCCCACGCCGGUGGCGCAGGUAGCUGCGGGGGGAUUUAUGGAGCAGAACGCAAUCACUAUCGGGGAAGCACUGGAAGCGUCCGCCCAAACAGCCGGUGAUAAGCCAAUUGAUCAAAGUGAUGCCGCAGCCAUUCAGGCUGCGGAGGUGAGAGCCACGGGCACCAAUGUGAUAAGCCCAGGUGGGCUAGCUGCCAUGGCUCAAUCUGCGGCAGCAUACAAUGCCGGGACUCUGCGGGAGCAGGACAAGAUCAAGCUCACAGAUGUCCUCUCGGGUGCUACUGGGAAACUGCCCGCGGACAAGGCGGCGACGAGGCAGGAUGCUGAAGGAAUUGCAAGUGCUGAGCUCCAAAACAACCCGGAAAUGGGAACGCGUCCUGGGGGAGUGGCGGCUUCCGUGACCGCAGCUGCAAGGCUCAAUGAGAAUAUAAAGAUGUGA